AGGAAGCAACAGAGCGGUAGCCUAUCGACAGAGGAAAUAACGGACACUAUGCAGCCUCCACCAAGGAAGGUCAAGGAGAGUCAGCAGGUGAAGCUGGUGUUUUCAGAACAGCUGAGCAAACUGCAGAGCAAACAACAUCAGGACACUGAGCUUCUGGAAGAGAUCAGGACCUUCAGCAAGCAGCGAGCAGCUAUGGAGAAAGAGUACGGUCAGGCUCUUCAGAGGUUGGCUGUCCAGUACCAGAAAAGAGACUGGCAAAGAGGAAACACAGAUGCCAUCGCCUCUGGGAGUGUGUUUGGUGUGUGGCGAUCGGUGGUAGAUGCUACAGCUCAGUCUGCUGCAUCGCGACUAGCCGCUGCAGAGGAAUACCGCCGCCUGAUUGGACAAGUCUCCAACAGUCUUCGCAAUGCAAAGGACAUCCGAGCUAAGAGAGGUCUGGAGCGGCUGCAGAGGGUCCAGGGGGAGGUGGUGGAUGCUCUGAGGGAGCUGCAGCGGAUCAAGAAGAGCUACCACCAGCUCAGCCACAUCGCCAACGUAGCCAAAGAGAAGUCAGCUGAUGCACAGACCAGGGCCAGAAAAAGUGAGCAUGGGAUCUUCUACUUUAAGACAGGACUACAAAAGAUGACUGCUAAGCUCAACGCCAGUUUGAGGGAGUGUGACGAUCGCUUGACGGAAGCUCGUAACGAGUAUCUGCUGGCUUUAUCAGCCGUCAACGGCCAUCACCAACACUACUAUACUCACGACUUACCCCACAUAAUGGAGCAAAUGGACGGUGAUGUUUAUGAUAAUUUUAGAGGCCACUUCGCCCUGCUGUGUGGGACAGAGAUGGACACUUGUCUCAGAACACACAAACAGUUCAGCACCAUAUGGGACAGUGUGGCCAAGGUGACCAGAGAGAGAAAUGUUCUGCAGUUCCUUCAGGAGUCUGUUUCCUUCAGCAAAACCCCUGAAUUCACCUUCCAGCCCGCUCCAGGUGACAAGGUGUCUGCUCUGCAGGAGCUCAGCGCUGCAGAAGCAGAGGGCUGCCUGGUGAAGGAGGCCAAGAAGUGGGCUACCAAAGCUGCCAAAGACUACAAGAUCAUCAAACACGGAGAGAGAGCUCUGCAGACGUUAGCAAGCCGGUUGAAGCUCUUAUCUGGGGACACGUGCCUCAGUGUGGAGCAGAAGAUAGCAGAGGUGCAAGACAGUGUGAGGAAAGCCAAGCUCAGCAGGCUGAAGGCAGAGGCUCGUCUGGCUCUGCUGUCAGACUGCGUCACCGGAAUCGAGCUGUGGUUUCACAACGCCAUGACCCAGGCAGAGGAGGAGCUGGAGAGGGAGAGACACCUCAGUGAACAGAGGAAGUCUACUGAGGACUUUUCGGAGGAUGAGUUUGAGCUGACUGACUUUGAGGACUAUGAUGAUGAGAAUGGAGACAUCUUUGCAGAUCCAGUGUCAGCCUCUGGAGUGUGUAUCUACCCUCUAGCCUGCAGAGUUAUCUACAGCUAUCAGGCUAGCCAACUCGAUGAGCUGUCAAUCACCGAAGGGGAGGAGCUUCAAGUGGUUGAGGAUGGAGACAUGGAGGACUGGCUGAAGGUGUGUAAUUCGUGUGGUCAGGUGGGGUAUGUUCCUGAGCGCUAUGUGCAGUUCCUCUGUCUACCAGCAGAGAGCGCCUCUCACCUCAAGAAUUCUUUCAGCUCCACCUUAUCCACCGGGACCAAAGAGAGGGCAGGGAUCAGAGGUGUAGCCAGAGCUCUGUACUCCUACCAGGCCCAGAGUGCAGAGGAGCUGUCCUUCCAGGAGGGGGCGCUGAUUCGCCUGAUCCGCUGCCGACACGCAGAGGUAGACGAUGGUUUUUGGGAGGGAGAGCUGAACGGGCGGAUCGGGGUUUUCCCAUCGUUGGUGGUUGAGCUGCUCCAGGAUGAAGGAGAGGAGGAGGAUAAGGAGGAGGAGUCUCUCCUCACCCCAACCAUGCCUCCCUUAUCUCCCUCCACCCCGAGCCCUACUCACCCUGACUGUAGCUCAGUCCUUAGUGCUACUCCUCCUAACUGUGUGGAGGUCAAACAGCAGCUCUUCACAGACAACACAGCAGUGUGUCUUUUGUCCCAUCAGAGCCCGCAGGCAGCCGCCACAGCUCUCCAGACUUCUCCAGUGGCCGGCUAAGACCAUGUCGGGCGCCUCCUCCUCCUCCAACACACAAGCCUUCUCCUCAGCCCUGAGACAACCAGUGUUCACAGGAAUACAGGACGGGUGAAGACCAGGAGAAAUCUGUAUUGUCACUUUGAUUGUAGCAUUUAACAAAACACGUUUGUAUAUGUUAGUAUUUAUCAGUGGUAUGGAACUUAAAGGGCGUGUCACCCAGAGGUGGGAGAAGUACUGAGAUCUUGUUCUUGAGUAGAAAGUAGAAGUACUCAGAUCCUGUACUUGAGUAAUAGUAGAAGUACCAGAGAGUAGGAAUACUCUGUCACAGUAAAAGUCCUGCAUAACUCCAACAUUUAAGUAUGAUUAUUUUUACUUUUCCAAAUUUGCCUAUUUUGUAAUUGGCAAGAAAAAUAAAUGAAUAUGAAUUCACUUGUGAAAGGUCCAGGGGUCUGUAGCAUAGCCUUAUGCAUCUUGAAAAAGGGAAGUUCUAACUUUUUUUAUUCAACAGUAUUUUAUUUUGCUAAUGUUUCUGAAUAGUGCAAUAAUAGUACAGUUCUGAACCAUUUUGUUCUUUGCAACAUCAUUUUCAAUAUCUGUUUUGUACUGGUUUUUAUCAUAAAGUAUUAAAUUAAAGGUCCCUUAUUAUGCAAAAUGCACAAAAAAUGUUGAUGUCUUUUAUACAUAAAUAUGUGUCCCCGGUGUGUGAGGAGACUCACAAAGUGUCAGAAAUACAACCCUCUCUCUUUUCCUCCUUACCCACCUCUCUAAAAACGGGGGUACAAACGAGCUGAUCCAGAUUUGCUGCAGAUAUGACGUCAUAACCGAAAUGUGGGCUGGCUUUACAUUAACCUCCUGGCAAUGUCCCCCCCACGUGACACGUCCCAACCUAUCGUCUGCCAUAUACAGUCGCGAGCUGAAUCCCCUCCGCAGCUGUGUGUCUGUGUUCAGCAGGAUGUCUGCAGGUUGUUGUAUAUAUGAUACAUAUAAUGUCUCUGUUCUAGUGGUAAACAUUGAGAAGUGUUUCAGAAAUAAUGCUGGAUGUGGUUUGGAACAUAAUAUGGGCAGGGAAGCCGCUUGCCAACAGGCAAGGCAGGCAACUGCUUGGGGCCCCAGACCAGUAGGGGGCCCCCGAGGGCCGACACAACUUUAAACGACAAAAAAAAAUACUAAAUAACUAAAUGCUGCUAGUUUAGCCUUAACUGUGGUUGAGAGACACUUGAAUUACGUGACUUCCACUCACAUCAAAUUAUUGCUUUUGUUUACUUUGACGUUUACUACUUAGUUAAUUUAGCUAGCAGAACAAUAUCUGCUCUGCUGGCCGUGAUAUUACUGAGUCGAGUGCGAGCGGCCGGGUCGGGCCACCGCAAUUGACUUGUUAGCUUAGUUUAGCUAGCCGGCUGAAAGAAUGUAGAUGCUAGUAAUUACAGUAUUAACACUUCAUAACCUGUUCAUAACCAGUCAACUUGGUAUUAUUACUGAAAUAAAUAUGGUCUCUGCCAUUUCUAGAGUAACGUUUUACCUGUAGUUGUAUAGGACACCAGUAAUGGAGUGAUUUGGAGGGGGAAAUCAGCUAACUUUGUAGCCAAGUUAACUGAUGAAGCUGUGUCUGACUGAGCACUGUCAAGCUAUGAAUGUUAAAUUGUGACAUUUAGAUGCAAGACAUUUGGACAAAUGUAAUUUUACAAGUGUAAGAGACUGUAUUUUGUACUUUUUGUAUGUAUAUUUUAAAGUUAUUAAAUAUGUUCAUUGCCCCUGAA